AUGCCUUCUCAUCGUACUAGGAUAUUUUGCAAAUAUUGUUCAAUUCGUAUUUUUAUCACCAUUCCUGUACGACAUAGAAGGACAUCAUCAUCGUCAUCAUCACUAUUGCCGUCAUCAUCAUCAUCGUCGUCAUCAUUAUUAUUAUCGUCAUCAGGCCAUAAAAAAUGA